GAGAGAGGGAGUAGGGUUCGAGCGCUUGGUUUUAGACGUCGGCCAAACAGUGUUCCGCCCUUCAGCUGCACCUGAGCGCGAACCAGUUUGCGCGAGGGGAUCAAAUGACGCGGGCAGCGACACCUGAGAGGAGCGGCGGUUUCGGGCAGGCGGAGUGUUGAGGCUGGAUCCACAGAGGCGGUGUUCACUACUGGGACCGCACUCAGCUUCAAUAUGCUCCGCGAACCCAACGGCAGGACCGGCGACACUGUUCCCCCUGAAUGGAAUAGCAGCUUUGGGUAUAAUAACAAUAUUAUUAUUAUUACUGGGUCAAACUGAGAGUUCCUACAGAGCACCCUUAUUAAACUACCACAGGAUCCUGUGUUCAUUCCCUAAAAUGUGUCUACGUCCUCUUGAUCACUAGAGGGCAGCAACAUUCUCCCACCCAUUAAGACCCUGAGCCUGAAACUUUUCAUUAAUGCGCAUGAUGAUUAGCAGUCCACACCCUCUCCGCAUCCGCAUCCCAGACUCCACUACAACCCACAGUCACAGCAUGCCGUGUCCAGCGCCUCCACCUGCUUCGCCCACCUCACCCACCUCCCCUCGAUCGCCCCGCCGGCCACACGCCUCACCUCGCCUACCUGUAAGGAAACUGAGCCUGAGACUGGCUCUCCCUGGCCUACUACCUGGAUACCCCUCCCGUCACCGCAGACACAGCUGGCAGCCUGGAGCAGUGCCGUAUUUUGACCCACAGUAUGAGCAGCGCAGUGUGAGUCUGGAGACUCUGGACCCGAUGGAGAUGGAGAAAGUUCGGUAUGGGGCGCUGGGAAGGCGGGACCCACGGCGGGCUCCAAUUACACACUACAAAGAGGAUUUGGAGUCCCUACUGUCACUCGCUGAGGAGGAGGUGGGGUCGGAGUCUCAGAUCUUCUCACUAUUGGAGGAGCAGUCUAUUCUGCCGCAGGGCUGCAGUGUGUCUGUGCCGUCCCUUUGUGCCAUUCCCAGCAAUCGCCAUCCAGCCCAUGCCAACCAUGGCCUGUACUCUCACGCCCAAGUUCCAACAGCACAUUCUCUUAACUCUCUACUCGGAGGAUCCACACAGAGUGUGGAUGCGGACUUGGGCGACGAGCUGUGGGGGAGUGAGGAGAGGACGGAGGGUAAAGGGGUUCACAGGGAGGAGAGUGCGGAGAAGUCAGGCAGCCUGCGCUCCCUGGUGCGCUCUCUCAGCUUCCUGGGCAAAAUGGCCGGCCGCAAGAACAAAGAGAAGGAGAGGAUGAAGGAGCGAGAGAAGGAGGCGCGGGAGAGGGAGGCGCGCUACAGUAACGGCCAUCUCUUCACCUCCCUCACUGUAUCAGCCACCACACUCUGCUCAGCCUGCAACAAGAGCAUCACCGCCAAGGAGGCCCUCAGCUGCCCCACCUGCAAUGUCACCAUCCACAACCGUUGCAGAGACGCACUGGCCAACUGUGCUAAAAUGAAACAGAAGCAGCAGAAGUUAGCGCUGGGGAGGAACAGUUCAGCUCUUCAGAACGUGGCUCUUCGCAGCAAAACUCCCAUGAUAAAGGAAAGGCCAAGCUCAGCCAUCUACCCCUCCGACAGUCUGCGUCAGUCUCUUCUGGGCUCUCGCCGGGGACGCUCCACCCUCUCCCUCAACAAGAGCGUGUCCACCAAUAACAUUGCAGGGAAUCUGAACGAUGACUCUCCACUGGGCCUCAGACGAAUUCUGUCCCAGUCUACGGACUCUCUCAACUUCAGGAACAGGGCUAUGUCAAUGGAAUCACUGAAUGAUGAUGGUGAAGUGUAUUAUGCAUCCAUGCUGGAGGAGUUGGAAAGGGACGGGCAGGAUUUUGAGGCUGAUUCAUGGAGUUUGGUGGUGGACGCUUCAUAUCUCCAGACUCACCGCAAAGACGUAAUUAAGAGACAGGAUGUCAUCUAUGAGCUGAUUCAGACUGAGCUGCACCAUGUGCGGACUCUGCGGAUCAUGGAGGGAGUGUUCCGACGUGGCAUGCUGGAGGAGGUGCUUCUGGAGCCUGGUGUGGCUCAUGCCGUUUUCCCCUGCCUGGAUCAGCUAGUGACCCUACAUAAACGUUUCCUCAACCAACUGCUGAGCAGAAGAAACCACAGCCUGGCAUCAGGCAGCACCACCAACUUUACCAUCCAACAGCUCGGAGACGUGCUGGUGGAACAGUUUUCAGGCCACAAUGCUGACGAGAUGAGAAAGUGCUAUGCCGAGUUCUGCAGCCGUCACCUGAAGGCUGUGAAGCUCUACAAGGAACUGCUGGCCCGGGACAAGAGAUUCCAGCACUUUAUCCGGAGAGUAAGCAGAGGUCCCCUGCUCCGUCGUCAUGGAGUCCAAGAGUGCAUCCUGCUCGUCACUCAGCGCAUCACCAAGUACCCAGUGCUGAUCCAGCGGAUACUGGACAAUACGAAAGGCAGUGAAGAGGAGGCGGAGUCUCUGAGCCAGGCGCUGGUUCUGAUCCGGGAGCUGCUGAGCUCUGUGGAUCAGCAGGUGCAGGAGCUGGAGCACACCCAGAGGCUGCAGGAGAUUCGUGGCAAGCUGGACCCUCGGGCUGAAACGGAGGUGCGUGGAGGAGGCGUGUUCCGAGGAGGAGAACUACAGAGGAGGAGGCUCAUCCAUGAGGGAACUCUGCUGUGGAAGACCACACAGGGCUCUAGACUCAAAGAUGUGCAAGUCCUGUUGAUGACGGACAUCCUGGUGUUCUUGCAGGAAAAAGACCAGAAGUAUUUUUUUCCCUGUCUGGACAAGCCUUCAGUCCUGUCUCUGCAGAACCUGAUAGUCAGGGAUAUAGCCAAUCAGGAGCGAGGGAUGUUCCUCAUCAGUGACUGCGAGCCUCCGGAGAUGUACGAGCUGCAUGCCGCCUCUAAAGAUGACAGAAACAACUGGAUGAAAACCAUUCAGGAGGCAGUGAGGCAGUGCCCCUCCAGGGAAGAUUUCCCCCUCAUUGAGACAGAGGACAAAGCUCUUCUGCGAAGAAUCAGAGCUGAUAUUCAGCAAAAGGACCGGGAGGUGCUGGAGCUGCUACAGGAACGUGUUACCCUGUUCUGCGACCUGGCAGAGGUCACCAGAGGUCAAGAAGUCGCCCAUCCCACCAACUGCCGCAAUGUGUUCCGAGCAGACACGCCUUACGCACCUCAAGCUGAAAGAUUACUGAAUAACGCCAUCACUGAAGUGGACAGACUGAGUGAACUGCUCCUGGGCUCCAGCAUCGACCUCCCUCGCUCCUGCAGUUCCAACAGUAUCCAGAACCACACAGAGGCACCAGUAAGCAAUGGAGAGACGGUUUCCGUUAAUGGAACUCAUGAUGGGAACAGUCCAUCACAAAAGGACCGAAACGGCAACCAGCUGCAGGACAGGACCCCUAAUGAGGAAGUAUGCCAAAGACUUGUCAACCUCAGCAAUCACCUCCAUGGACUACAGGCUGCUGUAAUAAGGCAGGACUCUAUGCUGGAGUUAUUUCUGCGGGACAGCUGUACGCCCUGCUCGGCUCCGCCCACCCCGACCUCCAUCCCGCUGGGCCCCUCCCCGGUCCGGCUGAGCCGCUCUCUGUCCCGAGACGCUCUGCUGGAGGGUGUGAGUGGUGUGGUGGGGGAACACGCUCUGCUACAGCGUCAGUUCACCCUGCUGCACGAGGAGGUGGGGAGACUGCUCCCCCUGGAGGGCAAGCUGCGGGACAGCGAGAAAGCACGGGUGCAGCUCGAGACUCAGCUCAGAGAACUGCAGGCCGCACGCAACGGCAACAAAGCAGAGGACAACACAGAUACAGACAAAACACAGCAGACUCCGGCUCCGAGAAGAGGAAGUGACGGGGGUCCGGGACCCCUCGCCCCGCUAGCCUGCCAGGAAGCCGUGGACCAGUUAGACGGCGUGCAGGAGGGCAGCGAGGAGGAGGAAUCUGAAGAAGAGGAAGAGGUUCGGAUUUCCCCGCGAUCAGACAGCCCCAGAGACCUCCAGGACAUCCCAGAAGAGACUGAAUGUGGGACUGAGGCCCCAGAUGGUGAGGCUGGACCAGACGCUACCCAAACCUAACAACAACCAGCCAGCCAGCCUGCCUAACCUGACCACAACAACGGAGUCAGCCGCAGAGCCGGACUGACCUAUGCUCUGCCGCUGGACGCUUCACACCACCGCCUCCUGUUCACCUCAAAGAUAGAGGAGCAGAUGCGGCCUAAUACGUCCUGCUAUAGAACUAUUUAUAGCUGAGAGAACUGGAAGGUUGACUGAUUGAAGGAUGUUGUUUUUUUUUUAUAUAUAGCAGUUAUGUUGAAUCUCAUUUCAUUCGUGUGAAUUCCAGACGCUUUCCCCUUCCUGUUUGAUACACGGAAAAAAAAAAACAUGAGAGUUUAAGGGGAAAAAAGAAAUGUGUAUGUCACAGAGGUAAUCUGCUGGUCAAGAAUCGUUGAUAAUUUAUGUUACUGAGAGUAACCUCGUAUCUUGAUUUGAUCUGUAGCCUACUACUGCCUGCCGUUUUACGUUUAUUCUGCUGUUUGUAUUGUUGUUUUAUAUGGUGCAGAUGACUGAAACAAAAAAAAAAAAAAGAGGCUGAAAAUAUGAAGGUAGGAAAGAUUAACUGUACUGUACUUAUGUACUGUAUGGAAAUAUUAGAAUACGCAUAUAAACAGGGGUAAAGCUUGUAUUUACAAAGCGUUGAAAUAAUGUGAGUACUGCUUUGUAUGCACCUCAUAGUAGCAAUUAUAAAAAUCUUAAAGGAAUGUUCCAGGGCUUUUUAUCAUAAUCUCUAUUUUCUGUGCAUGCAUUGUGCUUGUUUUUAUUAUCAAAACAAGCACAUGUACAUUUCAUUUUGAACACUUAGAAUUGAAUCCAAUGGGCAGAUGUUAAAUUUAAGUUUGUACACUCAUUUUAAUCAGACUCAUUUGCCCCUGAUAUGUUUAAAAACUCCAGCAGCACUGCUGUGUUUGAUCCACUCACACCAGCACACUAAUACAACACGUACAUCCAUGCCAGUAUCACUGCAGCUCUGAAAAUGACUUUUUCUUCAGCAUCUAACCAUUGAAUUCUAGUAUUAGCGUGCCUUGCAUCAGGACAUAUUGUAUCUUUUAAAAAUUCAGGAACGCAUACAGAAAUUAUAUAUGAAAUUAUGCUCUGUAAGACCACACUGUACAGACACAGAAUAUUGAGUUAGUUAAGUUAAGAAUUCCUGGACACAAUUCCUUUAAUAACGUAUGAAGCUUAUGGGAGACUUGAAACCUGCAUUUUUCUUAAUGACCAAACACUUCUAAUUCUACAGGGUGGCAAAUGCAGGCCGUUGAUCAUGUAUCAGUGAAGAUAGCAUGAUAAAUAACUAAAGCUAAAGUAAGGGAAGCAAGAGACAACAAUAAAUUACCAAAGUGGUUUACUGGUUAGUAAUAUUCUGUUAAAUUAUACUUUAUUUGAAUAGAGUAGACGAGAAUUUCUAUCAUGUUUAGGUCAUUUAAUAAUAAAUGAUCGUUAUUUGUAGGUCUUCAGGUGUGUGUUCCCUCUCCCUUCAGACAUUAAUGAGCCAUUAGUUUAGUAAAAAAACAAAACAAAAAAAAA